AUGGGGUGCGUCUUUUCUAGGAAAUCUGAUGAGGAGACGGCGCACUAUGACAUGACGCCAAUACGUCACCUGCCCGUCAUAUUUGUCAACGGGGUACCAGGGGCGGGGAACCAGACGGUGGCGCAGACCAUAUCCAACAUAACUGGGUACACCAUGAUAAGGCCAGGCGACCUGGUGAGGGCUGAAGCGGCUAAGGACACGCCGAGGGGUCGGCUUAUAGCGGACAAACUACAGGCGCAGGAGGAGUUACCCGAGCAAUUAACAGUAGACCUUAUAAAGGAGACGAUGCUGUCACACCAGGAUGCUACAGGAUUCAUCUUAGUGGGCUUCCCGAAGAACCCCAGGAUGUCGAACAUUUUCAAUCGGCAAGUCAAGUGGCCGGAGAAGAUUGUGGCGUUGGAAGUAGAUAAUGAGGUGGCGGCAACUAGAUUACAGAACAAACUGUCUGAGCUCGGCAGGCCGGAGUCCGAGAUCAAUGCGGCGCGGGACAUUAUACGGGAGGCGGCGCACAAAGUGAAGAACGUCCACAAAAGAUUUGGUGGACAUGUCGUCACGCUGGACAGCACAGGGAACCCCAAGGCUCUAGCGUCGACCCUUAAAGAGAUCCUAUCCGACACCAUCGACAAAUCCAACAAAAUGGCGGCCAAGAGACCUCCGUGCGCAGCGUCAGCUCCCAACAUGAACGUGAACCCCGCGACGGCACCCAGGGAGUGCCCCAUAGCCCCACCACCACAGAUUUUGCCGGCCUCGGAGACCCCCACGGCGGAUUCGGGGGGCGAAGUCGUUUGA